AUUACAGUUCAUUGUAUUUAUCUGACUGGAAAGACUACACUAUUGGUAGAUCAGGUCAGAAAUAUGAAUUUUAACCUGCUAUCAAUUACAGGUGUUGAAGAUUUCAUAAAAGAUUAUUGAUGAAAAGAUUAGGAUAUUUGUUGACAAGUCGGUUAUGUCAUUUCUAGAAUUUUAAUGGAGGACUGACGAAAGGCGUAUAGGUGGUUUUCUGAGUACCGAGAAAAAGUUGAAAAACCAGGAAGAUUAAAACAAUUUUUUCUUGUGUUGGCCUAAUUACUUAACUAUAAGAAAUAUGUCGUUGAGUCAGUUUGAUAGUGUUCAUGUGCCUCAGUUUGAUGGUGUUCAUGUGCCUAUUGAACCGUGGGAUGUUGAUGACAUCGAGGACAAUUUAUUACCCAGAGAUACACUUCACCAGAGAAUGGAAGUACAAGAGGUUGUUCCCCAGCCUGCACCAGCUUCGACUACAGACAUGGAAGGUGACAAUGUUCUGCGCGAUGAGGGUAAUUUUAUCCAAAAUGUGUCCCAGUUUUACAAUCAGGAAGCCCUGAGUGAUAUUCUCCUGGUAGUAGGAGAACAGAAAUAUUACGGACAUAAAUUUGUCCUGGCGAAAUCAAGUGAAGUUUUUCGUACAAUGCUAUAUGAUCAGAGAUACAUUCAGGCGGGCCUGCCAGAAGUCGAACUUAGUGAAAGUUUAGAGUGUCAGCAGUAUUUUGACCGAUUUUUGAGGUUUCUUUACACGGCAGAAAUCAACAUUAACAUAGAUUCGGCUGUGGGCAUACUGUGUCUGGCGGAUAAAUACAAUGUUUCCUCCCUAAAAUCACUGUGUACUAAAUAUAUGGUGAUAAAUACACGUUCGCCGAAAGUAAAAAAUGCCCUUCAGUGGUAUUCAUGGGCAAAAGCUUUGAAUCUUGAAGAUUUGAUUGACCAGUGUUCUAAAACUAUUGCCUGGAAUACGGACCUUAUACUGGGGAUGCCCGAAUGGUUUGAUAUGGAGUUUGAUUUUGUAAGUGAUUUGUUGUGCAAUUCGCAACUGGUCGUCCAAGAAGAAUACUCGUUGUUUAAAGCUCUGAUGUCGUGGUUACUGCAUGACCAGCGUCAAGAGCAGCUCGUCGAAAACAGCAAACGACUACUUCCGAUGAUUCGGUAUUCACAAAUGCUAGUCAAACAGUUAUAUGAUAUAGAAACGACUGCCAGAGAGGAAGAGUACGCUCUAUGUCGAGAGGUCCUUUUAGACUUGGUUAGCAAGGCUUACAGGUUUCGAUCUUUGUGUCCCAGCCAAUCGGACUUAGAGGUUUCCUUCAAUGAUACAUGUUAUCUUCCUCGAAACUAUAUAACUCUGACUGUGGAUACAGUUCGCAUGCAGAACACCCUAAGGUUUGGGAUUCAGGUUGACGUGAAAACAUACGUGGGACCUGUUCCUUCCGAAAAACGUGAAGGAGAAUGGAAGAUUACGUAUCGUAAAAAUCAAGAAUUAUGGACACUGCAAAUAUAUUGUCACGAAUCGGCCAUGAUUAACGGGGAGGCCCAGAUACAAGCCAGCGUAGUAAUCUACAACGAACAGGACCAUGUGAUCCACGUUGACGCGGCUCCAUCACACGUUUGUACUCGUGCUAAUAAUCUUUCCAUGAAUUUUCAGGUUCCUAAACCCGAGGAAGCCAAGACAAUGGCUGUACUCAUUAAACCAAUACCAAAAUAAAUCGAUUCUCAAACAAAAUAAAACUUUCCUGGCUAUAUUUUUGUAUAAAAAUAAAAAAAAACCAAUUUCUAAUAUUUUUUUGUUAAACUUUUAAAUAAUUCAGAUGAUCAAAUUACAUUGGUUGGUUUUAUCCAUUUUGUAGAUGAUCUGCCUACAUGACAGGUUACAGAUCUAAGAAUUACUGAGGCAGGGUUGUCCUAAUGCAUGGGCACACAGGGCAAUUUCUCCAUGGGACCUCAUGCACAUAGGGGCUAAAUGCUAAUGUACAGCAGGUUUUUUAAUGUUACAAUACAUAAAUAUAUGUUGAUUUUAUAGAUAAUUUACAUUUUUAUUUCUGUGAGUGGUUAUUUAAUUAGGUGCCCCAGUGCUCAGCUGUGUCAGGGGACCUAUAGAUAGUGCUGUUAAAGAUGACCUUGUAUAGAGACAUUGCAAGAAUUACUGACAGAAAUAUAUUGAGUGACAGAAUAAAGUUAUGUCAGUCCCAAUCACAUGAUGUAAUCAAACACAAAGCAAAUGUUUUAGUGUGCAGAUAAUCAUUCCUAGAUGAUUGAUUGAUUGAUCAUAACCCUUCAAACAAUUUAGUGAAUUCAAUUCUAAAUCAUAGACUCUUGAGAAAUCUUAAGUUAAAGGCACCGUUGCAUACAAGUUCCAUUCCUAAUUGAAAUAGUUUCAACUAUGCUUAACCCAGAGUGCAAAUCUGUAAUUGAUGAUAUUCAUGAAAUGUGUUUCAUGCCCUACGUUUCUGCCCGGCCAUGUUAAUGAACACAGGUGUACGCCAUCAUGCAAUGUGCUAUGAGAUAAAUUUUGCCCAGACAGCAUGCUAUGGCCCAUUGUGAUUUUGAAUUCCAACAGUCAUUGAAAACUCGAUUGAUUAUAAGAAUUUAGUAUACCAUUAAAACCAAAACCUUUCCCUGCGCAUGCACACUUACUGUCUAUUUAUAGUCACUCUCAGAGUUAACACUAACAGCCAGGGUUUCUUUUUUGUGCACACUAACGUGUACAGGGAAUUCGGUUUUUGUCCCAUCCAAACGGACAGAUGCUGUCCCUGGCCAAACCUUCUUUCUGCACCCCUGACAAGGCGAAACCAUGCAGGUAUAAAUGUAUCUGGGUCAACACUGGGAUCGAACCUGUAACCUCCCAAGAGAACUUACAUGUAGCAAGCAAGGGUCUUACACACUGAUCCACCGUGACUCCCAAUUUAGAAAGUAUCAUUUGUGCUGCUGUGAUGUUUAACGUCCACUCAACACAAACUAGGUCAUUUCGAGACUAACAUGGUUCAAUUUUUAUAUCAAUAAUUCGCCAGUGCGUAGAGGUCUUUAGCUGUGGGAAGAAACCGGAGGACCUGAGAAAAUUCAUGAGAUGGAGAGGCGACACUACUCCUACAAGUGGGGAAUUAAAACCACGCCUUCUUCUGAUCCAAUGUGCAUGCGUGAACCAUUCAGACACCUUGUACUUUUAGUUGAAACUAUUUAUAUAAUGAAUGGGACUCCUUUUAAUCUCUUUUAAGGCCUUUGAUCAUCAAUGGAACAAUUGUGCAUCCCUUACUAACUACAAUAUUGUGUAACUUGAAUCUUUUAAAGGAAUAUCAAUCCAUAAAUGGUUUCACUCCUCUAAGUAUUUACAAAGAUUUGAUGUAUUGAAACUUUGGCAGCCUCUAUAGAGGAUAUAAAAUAAUAAGUUUUGUUAAUCCUGUUGAAUCAAAUUGAAUCAAAGCCAGCAAUUAUCAACCGUUGAUAUUUUUAUUUUGUUUUGUUAAUUAAACAUUAUGCAAGAGAUAAAUCUGCAGAUAAAUCUGCCUAUUGCAGUUCUUACUUGAACUGCCUAUUGCAGGUCUUACUUUAGGCGUUAAAUGUUAUAUAAACUACUAAUAAGACAUUAAUUAACAUGACAAUCUAAUAUAAUGCUGCUUUAAUUUAAUUUAAUGUUCAAUAAUUUUAAUUGGGUUAAUUUUAAUGUGGAUUAAACUGUCAUAAAUUGGAUAUUGUCAGAAGAAUACAAAUAAUGAUCAGGAUUCAGGAGUUUAAAUUAUUUCCAAGUCUUAUAUAAAAGUGCUAUGUAUAGUAUUCGAUAAUAUGGUUUUUAUAUUAUUAUUUUUUUUUUUUUUACACUCAGCGUGUUGUUUGGACCAGUGUGUUAAAGUUACUUUCCCCACAAAAGUAUUUAUCAGGUGGUUAUUUCCAAUAAAAGUAUGGCAAAUUUGGUGUACAUGCCCAAUCUUAAUAGAAAAAUAUUGGAUUCCCUGAAAAACACCCAUGGUGAGCAUACAGGAUAAAAUGUAAGAGUUUCCCUAACUGGUGGCUGACAAGUAGGGAUGUCUGCUCGAGUGAUGUCAAAGGUUGCACCUGAAGAUUGUCUCAUCUCACAGCAUUAGUGAGCGCUUGGUGUAUAUGGUGAUAAACAUGAAUGUACAACAGCUUCCGAGAUAACCACGGAAAAUGACAUGGGCAAUGGAUAAUCUGAGAAUUUAAUUGGCUUUGAUAUUUGUGAUAAAUGGAGGGCGAUUUAACAACAUCUUGUAUAUGCAAUGAAUUCUUCUCCGACUUCGCCCCAUUGCUAGUCACCCAAGUCACUUGACACAAACAUGACUUCUUUUAAUAGAUUUUUUAUAGCAGUGGUAUUCCCUGUUCAAUACAAUGUUUUGAGUAGGAUUUGAAGCAAAAUUUUGAUAUAUUAAUUAGUUUUGAAUAUGUUUUUAGUCUAUAUAUAUCAUCAAAUCACCCAGUUUGUACACGGGGAAGGUAUCUUUAAUGAUUUUAGCUUUCUGGUUUAAUAUUUUAAUUUGGUACAUUUACUUGAAAAGCAUGUUGUUCAUAUUGAUGUUAUUAAUAAAGCUUAUUUAUUACAUUAA